UUUCACCCACCACCAUUGUCGCUUUGACUAGGCAGAGGUAGACGCAGAGAGAGAAGCGCAGAGCCAUGGCCAUAGCAGCCACCAUUUCCCUCCGUCUCACUUCCCCCACACGCCACUCCGUCACUCGCCGCUCUCUCACCUCUCUCAACGUCUCCCCCUCUUCUUCUUCGUCUUCUUCUUCUGUUCAACCAAGUUUUCUCACAUUAAAGACCGUCGCUUUUCGAAACCCUAAAUUUCGCGUUUCCGCUACUUCCAUGAGUAUCGAAGCCCUUGAGAAGGGCUCUCAGACUUCUUUUCUGGACCGCAAAGAAAGUGGAUUUCUGCAUUUCGUCAAGUACCAUGGCCUCGGCAAUGACUUCAUCUUGGUAGAUAAUAGGGAUUCUUCUGAGCCUAAAUUAACUCCGGAGCAAGCAGUGAAGCUAUGUGAUCGGAACUUUGGGAUUGGUGCUGACGGUGUGAUCUUCGCCAUGCCGGGGAUCAAUGGCACUGAUUAUACAAUGAGGAUUUUCAAUUCUGAUGGCAGUGAACCUGAGAUGUGUGGUAAUGGAGUACGAUGCUUUGCCAGAUUCAUCGCAGAGCUUGAAAAUUUGCAUGGGAAGCAAAGUUUUACUCUGCACACUGGUGCUGGUCUAAUUGUUCCUGAAAUCCAAGAUGAUGGGAAGGUUAAAGUUGACAUGGGCGAACCCAUACUUAAAGCAUUGGAUGUACCUACAAAAUUACCUGCAAACAAGGAUCAAUCUGUUGUUAAAUCAGAACUAAAUGUAGAUGGUGUAUCCUGGAAUGUGACUUGUGUUAGUAUGGGAAAUCCUCACUGUGUAACUUUUGGAACAAAAGGAGGCCAGAAUUUGCAGGUUGAUGAAUUAAAUUUAGCUGACAUUGGUCCAAAAUUUGAGCAUCAUGCUAUGUUUCCUGCUCGAACUAAUACAGAAUUUGUGCAAGUCAUCUCUCGUUCACACCUGAAAAUGCGUGUUUGGGAGCGUGGAGCAGGAGCAACUCUAGCCUGUGGAACUGGAGCUUGUGCAGUGGUUGUUGCAGCAGUUCUUGAGGGUCAUGCUGGGAGGAGUUGCACCGUGGAUCUGCCUGGAGGGCCACUGGAUAUUGAGUGGAGGGAGGAAGACAAUCAUGUGUAUAUGACUGGCCCAGCUGAGAUCGUGUUUUACGGUUCAGUGCCCCUCUGAGACGUGCAUGCUAAAUUAUUUACAUUAGAAGGAUUGAUUAUCUGACCUCACUUGAAUUUUUGUAGAAGUGUAUGUUAAAAGAUUAACCUGAAGUUUGAGAAUUGUAUGCUGCCUUUUUUAUUUGUAAAAUUUAACUCUUCUUCUUUACUGUUCUUA